AGCCUGAGUGAAAAUAUUCCAAUUCUUCCUUGUAGUGGUGAGCAAUUGCAUAUCAUGAUCAUCAUCGUACUACUGUCAUCAGAAGCAUCUGCUUAGGCAUAAACGGCUACAAAUAUACCAACAGCAUGCUAUCAGCACUCACACAAAGUCUAGGGCGACUCUCACUAAGAACCGCGAGCCCGGCUUCGUCCAACAUCGGCGCAUCUACUUCCUCUAAUUUGUCCCUCUUUCGAACCGGUAAUGCUUCAUCAUCAUGGCCACAACAGCAGAUGCGAUUCAAAUCUCAAUUAGCACCAAGGAGAACUAAGUACCGUAAAGCACAUAAAGGAAGAGUACCGUUGGCUAUCGGAGGAUCCUUGAAAGGCACAACGUUGAACGAUGGAAUGUAUGGAAUUCGUCUUUUGGAACCAGCGAGAUUAUCCGCCAAACAGCUACAAUCUGCCGAGACAGCAUUAAAGAGAAAGCUCAAGGCUAUAAAAGGAGCACAAGUAUUCUUGCGUGUGUUUCCCGAUAUUCCCGUUUGCGUAAAAGGUAAUGAAACUCGUAUGGGUAAAGGAAAAGGAUCUUUUGAAUUUUGGGCAUGCAGAGCUACAAUUGGAAAAGUAAUCUUUGAAAUUGGAGGACCGGUAGAAAUUCGACCAGAAAUAGCAAAAGAAGCAUUAAAGCUCGCAGCAGUCAAAUUGCCGGUAAAGAGCGAAUUUAUAACGAGGGAAUCAGCACCAAGAUUGGGACAGAUUGUCGAGCAAACUAUUCCACCUGGAUCAGCCGUUGGACAUGGUGGAUCUGGAGUCGUUACUUCUGCAUGAUUACCUUGAAUCCUGGAUAUGUAUGAAUAGAUAUAAUUACACUUUCUCACCUUCAAACACUCGAUCUACAUCAAAUA